AUGCAAGCUUCACAAGUCUAUUUAUGGCUUAAAGCAAUCUCCUCGUGCUUGGUAUGCCAAGCUCAGUUCUUACUUGAGGAAGUUGGUUUUCACAAAAGCAAUGCAGAUUUUUCUUUGUUUGUUCAGGAUUGUAAACCAGCUCGCAUUCCCCUUGGCAGCAAGCUGCAACUUGAUGUAUUGAGUGAACCUCUUGUCAAUCUAAGUGCGUAUCAACGAUUAGUUGGUAAGCUUAUUUAUCUCACAAUUACUCGACCUGACAUUGCUUAUGCUGUAAGCAUUGUCAAUCAAUUCAUGCAUGCUUCAACUUUAGCUCAUCUUCACAUUGUAAAGAGUAUUCUUCGUUAUCUCAAAGGCUCAGCUGGUAGAGUCAUUUUGAUGAAAAACAAUGGAAACACUUACAUAAUGGGACACACUGAUGCUAAUUGGGCAGGAAUUUCUCUUGAUCGAAAAUCCACCACUGGAUUCUGCACAUUUGUUGGUGGUAACUUAGUUACUUGGAAGAACAAGAAGCAAACUGUUGUUACUCGCUCUAGUGCAAAGGCUGAAUAUAGAGCUAUGGCCUCCACUGCUUGUGAGCUUAUUUGGUUGAAAGGUCUUCUUUCUGAUUUGUGGUAUCUGAGUUGUCAACCAAUGUCGCUUUUCUGUGACUAUCAAGCUGCAAUGCACAUUACUUCUAAUCCAGUUUUUCAAGAAAGAACCAAACACAUAAAAGUCGAUUGUCACUACAUCGAGCUCAAGUUCAGUCCAAGCUAA